ACACGUUUCCCCGCCCCUCCGGGCGGUCGGGAGGCGGGGCGUUGCUGGGGCUGUGUCGGGGAGUCUCGGCCCUUGGGUGGAAUACAGUGAACUGCCAGGAGAAGCCGCUUCCACGCUGCCCCGCCGCUGCACCUUCCUUCUCCUCACAGUGCCUCGGGAGCAGAGAGAAAGGACUCCGGCCGGGAAGCCCCAACGCAGGGGUCGGAAGCUCAACAUGAUAGACUUGGAGCUACCCCCAUCGCAACAGGUCCCUGUGAUUCCUGCUUGGAGAAGAAUAUAUAGAAUUCAAUUGUUUCCUGAGUUGUGGCCAUAUCUAGACCAGAUACUCCACAGAUGGGCAGGAUAUGAAUUUGAUUGACAUCCUCUGGAGACAAGACAUAGAUCUUGGGGCAAGGCGUGAAGUGUUUGACUUCAGUCAAAGGCGGAAAGAGCAUGAGCUGGAAAAACAAAAGAAACUUGAAAAGGAAAGACAAGAACAACUCCAGAAGGAACAAGAGAAGGCCUUUCUGGCCCAACUGCAGUUAGACGAAGAAACAGGUGAAUUUCUCCCAAUUCAGCCAGCCCAGCACAUUGAGCCUAGCACAUCUGCCAACUACUCCCAGGUCGCUGACAUCCCCAAAGCAGAUGCUCUUUUCUUUGAUGACUGCAUGCAGCUUUUGUCAGAGACAUUCCCAUUUGUAGAAGAUGAUGAGGUUUCUUCAGCCACAUUUCAGUCACUUGUUCCAGAUCACAUUGACAGCAACCCAGUCUUUGUUACUUCUAAUCAAGCUCAGCUACCUGGAUCAACUGCCCUGCAUUCAGUAGUGGACAACAGUAUGCAGGAUAUAGAACAAGUGUGGGAGGAGCUGAUGUCCAUUCCAGAGUUACAGUGUCUUAACAUUCAAAAUGACAAGCUGGCUGAGGCCACCAUAGUUCCAAGUCCUGAAGCUAAACCAACAGAAAUUGACAACAGCUACAGUUUCUACACUUCACUCUCGACAAUGGAAAAAGAAGUAGCUUCCUGCAGUCCAGAUUUCCUCGAUGCAUUUGAGGACUCCUUUGGCAACAUGCUCCCCGAAGAAGAUCCUAACCAGUUGAGAAUGAACUCUUUAAAUUCAAAUGCCACAAUAAACACUGAUUUUUGUGAGGAAUUUUACUCAACUUUCAUAGCAGAAACAAACAUAAACAGCAGUAUGCCUUCCCCCACCCACAUCAACCAGUCACUCUCAGAACUUUUAAAUGAGCCCAUUGAUAUUUCUGACCUUUCACUUUGUAAGGCGUUUAACAGCAACCAUCCUGAAAACACACCAGAAUAUAAUGAUUCUGACUCAGGCAUUUCUUUGAACACAAGCUCCAACAUGGCAUCACCAGAACACUCGGUAGAGUCUUCCAUCUAUGGAGACACGCCACUUGGCUUCAGUGAUUCUGAAAUGGAAGAUAUUGACAGUGCUCCUGGAAGCAUUCAGCAGAGUAGCACCAAGACACAGCCAGUGCCAUUUCAAGAAGACAUGAGUUAUCCAAUGUCACCCGCGCAGGGCCCGGCCAUUCCAGUGCCUGAUGUGCUGCAGAGUGUAAGCACACCAAAGAAGGAAUCGCCCACCAGUCCUGGUCACCAGAAAACCCCAUUCACCAAAGACAAGCAUUCAAGCCGCCUAGAAUCCCAUUUCACGAGAGAUGAGAUGAGAGCAAAAGCUCUUCAUAUCUCUUUCCCUGUAGAAAAAAUUAUUAACCUUCCUAUGGAUGACUUCAAUGAAAUGAUGUCAAAAGAGCAGUUUAACGAGGCUCAGCUUGCACUUAUUCGAGAUAUACGUAGGAGGGGUAAGAACAAGGUGGCUGCUCAGAACUGCCGGAAAAGAAAACUGGAAAAUAUCGUGGAACUGGAGCAAGAUCUGGAUCACUUAAAAGAUGAGAAGGAAAAGCUGCUGAAAGAAAAAGGAGAAAAUGACAAAAGCCUCCAUCUCCUGAAAAAACAGCUCAGCACCUUAUAUCUUGAGGUCUUCAGCAUGCUACGAGAUGAAAAUGGAGAUCCCUAUUCCCCUAGUGAGUAUUCCCUGCAGCAGACAAGGGACGGAAAUGUAUUCCUUGUUCCCAAAAGCAAGAAACCUGACAUUAAGAGAAAUUAGAUUUGGGAGGAUUUGCCCUUUACUGAGGUAGUGUUUUUGUACUGUUUUACUAAAAGCUCCUACUGUGAUGUGAAAUGCAUAAUUAAGUGAUAUUUUAUAAAAAAAAAUUCUAUGCAAGUAUGUAUCCAGUGUAGUAUAGAAAUUGCACACAAUAUAAAAGCAUUAAAAUAAUAAGAUGGCAUAUAUAUGUAUGCAGAAUCUAUAAUCUCACUUUUAACAACAAAUAUUUUCUUGUUGCACCAUUUGGGCUAGUUUCUGUAUAAGUGUAAAUAGUGCAGACUUCUUAUUUAUACUGUUCCUAUCUCAUUGGUUAUAUUCAUAGGUUUAUAUGAAAAUAUGAUUUAGCUUACCCUAAAUACAGUUUUGUUGCAAGACUAACCACAAGUGCCUUUUUAUAAAUACCGUAUGAUCUUAAAGUGUCAUUUUCUUAUGUAGUUAUUUUGCUUUACCUAAAAAUUUAAUUUAGCAAAAAAAAGCUAAUACUAAUAAAGAUAUGUAACUUAAUUUUGAGUAUUCAUUAAAUGAUUACUUUGUAAUUCAUUUAUUUGAAUUUGCAUUGUGCUGUUUUCUACAUAAUAACACUGAUUAUAAAUGUUAUCUCAUUUUGAUGCUUUAUAUUUAUAGAAUGAACUUUUUUCACAAGCAUAAAAGUUCUUCAUCAGGCAGAGUUUUAGGUACAGUUAUUUCAGCAGGCCAUUGAUGCACAUCAGGGAAGUAUAAAUCUCUUCACUUUAGUAAGUUCAUUUUAUCUAAGAAAAACAUUUACUUCCUAUCAGUUACAUGCAUCGAAAGUUUUGGACCUAUUUCUCCUGGAAAGCAUUCUAAUUAUUUGAAAAAAAAUUUUAUCAGGCGAUUUAAUGUUGUAUUUUGUCCACUUCAUUUGCAAAAUGCAGUCAGUUCAGUUAAGAGCUUUUCUAACAUAAUCCCCUUAAUCUGUUGGAACUCUCUCCUUUUUCCUCCAGUUAAGUGAUUUUUAAUGAAACAGUGUGUGUACAUAUACAUAUAUACACACAUACAUACAUAUCUGUAUGUGUUUGUGUAUGUAUACAUUGCAUUCAGUGUAGCUAUAGCUUAUUUUGGCCUUAUAACAACUUUUCCCAUUUAUAUUCAAUGGUUUCUAAAGCAUUGUACCAGAAAUAGCAAACAUUCUGCAAUGUUUUCAUGUCUUUUAACCACUUCUUACAUCUUCUAUACUCAGGGUUCCUUUUUUAAGUACAUGAGACCUACUGAUAAAGGAAAGAUGCAGGAAGUUGUUAACAGGGAUGAGAAUUUAAUCCCUAAAAGGAUCUUGACGCUUAAAUACUCAAGGUCAUUUUCCUUUUAAACUUAAAAACGGUUUGCAUAUUCAAUUAAACAGGCAUUUAUUAAGCACCUACUACAUGCCAGGCACUGUGGUGGAUGCUAGAGUGAGAAAGACAAAAAUCAAAAUUAGCCCUUCUCCCAAGGAACUUACUUUCUUUUGAGGCACAAGGGAGUAGAAUAUACAUUUUGUAGUAGCCUUUUUCAUAAUUUUGAUAAGUAAAACUGAAAAUUUUGCCAGUGUACUUUAUCCUAGCUUUUAAUACCUUUGUUAAGGACAGCCUUACAGGAGACUGUUCUCCCUUUCCCCCUUCCCCCACCACCUCCAGCUUUGUAAGGAAACACUGCUCCUAAUCAACUGUCCUCCUUCCCCUUAGAGUACAGGUUCCAAAAGAAUAUUGCUCUUGGCUGCCGUGUCUUUCCAACUAGCAAGGAGAUCAAGUAGGUGUUUGCUAGUUGAGGUGGUUUUGGAACUCUCAUGGCCAAGUUGUGGUUCGUGUUUUACAUUAAUUAAAACUUCUUGAUAAUCAGAA